CCAGGCAGCCAAUGCAAAAUCCCUGUAGUGGGGGCAAGGUUGGUGCAUUUGAAGAAGAGCAAGGAGGGUUUUGCAGAUGGUAUAGAGUAAGAAGGGGAUGAUGUCAGAGAGGUAAGUAGAUUGACAUUGGGAGCUUGUGGAAAUUGUCUUCUGAUUGCUUCUUUUUCCUCAGUGAGAGUGAGAAUGAAGCAGAAGGGAUUGGAGAUUUGAAGAGAUGUUCAAUUAGGACAGUAGAGAGAGAAUGGACUUGAGCAAAGUGUUAUCCUUCAACCAGCAGCACCAGUAUCAUCUGGGAAUGUGUUAGAAGUGCAAAUUCUUGGAUCUCAUCCCAGACCUACUGAAUCAGAAACUCCAGAGGAAAGACACUGCUGAUCCUGUAACAUGGAGGAUUGCCUUCAUACUUCAUCUGAGAAUCUGUCCAAAUUGGUCAGCUGGGCCCACAGCCAUGGGACCAUUUGCAGCCUCAUUCCAAACCUGAAACACUUGCUUUCGGAAGGUUCCCAUGGGAACCUUACAGCAAUGUGGGGCUGUAGUGCUGGCCAUGCUUAUCACUGGCCACUGACAGCUACUUGCAGAGCUGGGUCCCAAGAAAGGGUCUGUUUCCAGGAUAACAGAAGUUUUAACUCUGAUAGUCCCAGUAUAAUUGGAGUACCCUCUGAGACACAAACUAGCCCGGUUGAAAGAUACCCUGGGAGACCAGUGAAAGCGAAGCUAGACUGUAAUCGGACCAGAGACUCUUGUGACUUCUCUUACUGCAGUGAGCCCUCUGAACUGGAUGAAGCUGUUGAAGAAUAUGAAGAUGAAAACACCCUGUUUGACAUGGUUUGUGAGUCUUCUGUUACAGACGAGGAUAGUGACUUUGAACCCCAAACCCAAAGGCCUCAAAGCAUUGCUCGAAAAAGGCCUGGAAUAGUCCCAUCUUCUCUCCAUUCCAGCUCCCAGACUCAAAUGGUUGAUGAAUGCAGCAAUGAUGUCAUCAUUAAAAAAAUCAAACAAGAGAUUCCUGAAGAUUAUUACAUUGUGGCGAAUGCAGAGCUGACUGGAGGGGUGGAUGGACCAGCCCUGUCAUUGACACAGAUGGCAAAACCCAAGCCUCAAACUCAUGCUGGUCCCUCCUGCAUAGGGUCUGCUAAGCUGAUUCCCCAUGUGACAUCUGCCAUUGGCACAGAGCUAGACCCACAUGGUGUAGCUGCAUCCCCCUCUGUCAUGUCCAGACCAAUCGUCCAGAAGACUGCCAGGGUAUCUCUGGCUUCACCAAACAGAGGACCCCCUGGUGCCCAUGGCACCAACCAUCAGGUGUCCAUGCAGAUGCCUGUGAGCACAUCCCAUCCUAACAAACAGAUCAGCAUCCCUUUGUCUGCCCUGCAACUGCCUGGACAGGAUGACCAAGUUGCUUCGGAAGAGUUCCUGCCCCAUCUGCCCAACCAGGUUUCCUCCUGUGAGGUAGCUCUUUCUCCCUCAGUUAACACAGAGCCAGAAGUGAGCUCCAGUCAGCAGCAGCCCCCAGUCGCUCCAACCAUAACCACUGAGGCCACAGCACAGUGCAUACCAGACCAGGAUGAAAGAGCAGCUGAGCUCAGCAGGGAGCAGAAUGAGAAAACCAUCCGGAGCACGCAGACCGCGCUCCGCAAUUUCCGAGAGUUCCUCAUCUCCAAGUAUCCUUCUGAAACAAGAGAGAUUUAUGUCAUCCCUUGCAAGGAGUUGGAUGCCUACCUGGCCUCUUUCUUUGUGGAUGCCAGGCAGAAGGAUGGGUCCGAAUAUGAACCCAACAGCUUGGCCAAUUACCAGUGUGGACUUGAACGGUACCUAAAAGAACACAGGUAUGGCUACAGUAUCACCAGGGAUAAGGAAUUCAAGCGUUCCCAAGAGGCCCUGAAACAGAAGCAGAUUGAACUCCGAUGCAAAGGAAAAGGAAAUAAGCCACACAAGUCCAUGAAGCUCACCUUUGCUGAUGAACUCAUUCUGCGGAAAAGGGGACUACUAAGCCGCUAUAAUCCCGAGGGUCUUCUCAACCUUGUCUGGCUCAACAACACAAAAGCUUUUGGGCACUGCACAGGCUUCCAUGGAUCUACCUUGAAGUGGGGCGAUAUCCGGCUCCGGGUAACAGAAACGGGGCUGGAGUACUUAGAGUGGAUGGGUCAAGACACUGGUGACCUGAAUGCCAAAACCAAGAGAGGGGGCACGGACUCUCGUGUGUAUGCCACCCAACACGCCCCGCAGACCUGCCCCGUACAGGACUAUAAGGAGUAUGCCCAGCGGCGGCCUCCUGCCAUGCGCUACGAGGAUGCUCCUUUCUACCUGUCCAUCAAGCCAGUCGUGAACUUGGCAGCUCUGCAUUGGUACAACUGCCAGGCCCUCGGCAAGAACAAGCUGGCCAAGAUGGUGAAGACCAUGUGUGAGAAGGGUAACAUCCCCGGCAGGAAAACCAACUUCAGUGUGUAUCAAAGCUGCAGCACCUUGUCUGAGGCCCAGAGCAACCAGCUGGUGCUUAUCUGUAACAGUCUGAGCCAGCAGGCCGCCCAGUCAGUGGCUGGGCGCUCCAACGGUGGCGAUUUCAUCGUCUCUGCCUCCUAUGACUCUUCCUCCGACACUGCUUGACCAGGUGGCUUGAGCAAGAGCCCAGUUUGGUUACCGUGUCCAGAGAAACUGUGAUCAUACACUGCUUCUCAUUCCCUUUCCUCCACCCUCAGUAUUAACUUUAUAAAAAUCUAAAUAUAUACUAUAUUUUUCUUUUUACAAAUAAACCAAUGGAGAUAGUUUAGUAUUGCUAACAUAGUAUUUAUAGGCUUAACACAGAUGUACUCGUGGGUGAUUAAAUGUAAUUGCUGUUACAGACUCUACAAAACCAUAGUGGUCUUCAGGCAACACAAAGUAGAGAAGGAAUUCCAUUUUUAAGGAACUGUCAGAAAAGUCACUGAAAGUUAUCCUAGACACUUGUGUCCUCAACUCCUGCUUUCCUUCCCACCCCACCUCUCAUUUUUAGUCUAGUUAAUAAAUGGCUUUAUUUUUUUAAUUUUUAAAAUUUUGUAUUAAUCGGGAGGAGACUAUUAACCCUGCUGCUUACACAGAACUGUAUUCAGUCAGAUCCAGAAUAUGAACAUGUUGAUAUAAGCUCAACAAAUUAUCUACAUACCUUUUUUAGCGGAAUUAGAAUUUUAGCUCCUGUGCCUCAUUUUUUGUAAUGUCUGAAAAUCUAGAUGUUUAGCUAACAUCUUUUCUUUCGGGGGCAAUAAAGGUGCCAUUCUUUUUGGAAGAUACAUAAUUUUUCAAUAAUAUGCAAAGUCCAAUAUUGUGGCGAUAAAAACUGUUAAUAGCUCCUUUUUACUGUUGCGCUUAAACCUGGAUAGAAUAUUAUUUGUCCCCUAAGAAAUCAGUUAAAAUGAAGUGUGAUUUUCAGAUUUACAAAACUACCAAAGUUUUUGAAAAUGUUCCCAAGCAUUAGAUUGUAUAUCAAACAUAAAAAGAAGGUAGAGAAUGGGAGAGUCUUAAUAAAAAUCCAGAAGCACUAGUCAAGACAACAGAAGAGUCCUACUCGUCAAAGCCCAAAUCCCCUGAUUUAUUUAUUUAUAAGCAUUAAACUUCGGUCUCUUUUCCCAAGGAGAUUACUUGACUCUGUAGUUGAGAUCAAAAGAAUAUUGACGCUCAUUUUGGGUAACAACAUUUUGUUACCAGAUUUAGCUGAAUUCAAAGCAUUCUUGAAAAUGUGCAGAGUUUCUUCUACAGUAAAUAUAAAUUUAUCUGUGAUACCCUGCAAUUAUAAUAAUAAUAAUUUUGGUUAAACAACUCUUUGUGGUGGUUUUUCCAAGGUCUUUCUUUUCAAGUCUUGAAGUCUGUGGUGUAUUUUUAGUUAAGAUCCUUCAAUAACAACGUAAGUUUAGACACUAGGACGACAAUAAAGUUGAGCUAGGUUCCUAUGCUGUAUAAUCAUUAACACAUAAAAAAUCCAAAUCUUAAUAGCUUUAUUGGAUUCUAUUGGAAGUAUUUGUUCUUCAAGGUAACCUCAUAAUUCGCAUUAGCUAGGAGGGUAGGUGGUAUUUUAUGUAUUAAUUUAUUGUAGACCAGGACAAACUUCAUUUUGAUUUGCUUUGCUAAAUCAUCACAUUAACUGAGCUUUCCACAUGGCUAGGCAUCUUUUCCCAACACUAAGUUGUAAAUAUAUAAAGACCCAUUCCUCUAAGCUGUGACCUUUCCUUGGGCUCCGGAGUAGAAAGUCUGCUGUGGACUUUGUGUGGAAUCCACUUCACUUCAUGACUUUUCCUCCAUAGGGAGGCAUCCAGAAACAAGAAGAAAGGGUGGAAGAUAUCUUGCUUUAUUGUUUUAUAUUAACGAUGAUACCCACCGUUUUUUGAGCUAACGUGUGUGCCAGCACUGUGCCAAGUGACUUAUUACAUGCAGCAUUUAUACAAUAGUUACUAACUGUAUGAAAAUUAGAAAAUUCAGAUAAGCAUAAAGAAAAUUCUCCUGAAUCUGCUGGCCAAAAAAUAACCACUGUUAAUAUUUUGGCAAAUAUUUCUUUAGACAUUUCAAUAUGUAUAAUUUAUUUCUCUCUAUAUUAUCUUUAAUCUUUUCAAUCCUUGAAAAGGUUAGUUAUCUCCAUUUUAUGUUGAGAUCAAGACAAAUCAGUUAGGGUAUCGUUAAGGAAAUGGUACUGUCAUCUGACUGCAGAGUUUUUUUCUGUUUAUCUUCUUUAUUUCCAACUCCUAGUCAGGUUCCAGUGAUUUGAGCCAGAAAUGGGGACACAGGGUCAUUCCCUCUCUGAAGGCUAUCUGAUUAAAUGGAAUGCUUGAGUGAUCUUUCAUGAUGGCACACCGUGCUCCCUAAUGCCCCCUCUUCUGUUCAUUUUGAACCACAGGGCCUCUUUCUCCAAGUUCUCUUUACAAAACUUUCCUUAUUCUAUACCCGGUUUGUAAGUACACAGGACAGCCUACUGUAAAAGAAUUCUUUUUUAAAAAAAUAAGGUUGUUUUUAAUGGGUUACCUCUCAUGUUUAAAAAUUUUUUUUCUGUGAAACAUUUAAAAUGUAAUUGUGCAUUUUAUUUUUGCAUUGACAUACUUUUAAAAAUUCUUAAUAUGUUUUUGACAACAAAGUAAGUUUGUGAUGAGGAAGAAGAGCAGUCAGUAUGUACUGAGAAAGCAGAACUAGGAGAUGUUGCAUCCCUCUGUGUGUUUAUUGAGGUACUACUAACAUGAAAGUCUCUCUCCUAUUGCAUUUUCAUUCAGAAGAACACAAUUAAAUUGAGAAUGUGAAUUACUUUUUAAUUAUUUAUAUUUUGCUUUGAUAACUCAAACCAAAUAGGAACAUUGUGAUCUAGAUUUAGAAAACUUUUCUGAAGAAUGGCUUGGUAGAAGUUUAGUUGAACUGUAGUAUCUCUUUGGGUUAAUGAAAUUACAAAAAAUUAUCUACAACUACCUCUAAAUUUUGUGUUUUUAUAUAAACAAUACUGAGGACAUGCUACUGCCUGAUGCCAUUUUUAUUAUUUGUUAUUUUAGCUUAAAAAAAUGUUAUGUUCAUACUGUGGCAGUGGUACAUGCCAAAAUAUCGUAUAUGUGCUUUAGUGAAAAUUCAGCAGUCCACCAGGUGUUUACUACAACUGAAUGUGCUGCCUUCCCAGGCAAUCCUCUGGUUCAUAAAAAAAAACAAUAAAACCACAUUUGCAAAAUUUACACUUUUAGGUCAGUGUAAGGUCAUCUAAGAAAGAGACCGUGCCCCUCACAUGACUCUGGAAGUUUUGCACUGUCCACAACAAAAAUGUCAAACCCAUCUGUCAGCUUUUGGGGGACAUACCUGCAAAAUUCAGUCUUUCUUCUAUGUGAGUGGCUGUUGAAAACCAUGGAUGGUAGCAAUUUUUCUUUAAAAACCCAUAAUGUCUGAAAAAAUUCGAGAUAUUCAGGUUGUUUAUCCAACAGAGCUUAUUCUUAAAAUUCCAUUUCUUAUCAUGGGUAGUAGGGGUGGUCUGAAUAUGAUUUGUAAUACACCAGCUACUUAAAAUAUUUGUUAUCUUAUAUUUUCCCUAUGUUAAUUCACUUUUACCUAUGUUAAAUUACUUCCUGAUGCACAAAAGAAUAGUCUGAAAUUUUUUAAGGUAGAUCAAGUCUCUCUGGCUUUUCAGUUAGGUCAUUGUUAGCUGAAACUUCCGUCACAUUAAUUUGUCUAAGUCAUAUGGCUUAGCUUUUAGUUGUCAUGAAAUCCAAUGACUUCACUGAGAUGAGAAUUUACAGUCAUAUCAACAAAUACUUGAACACUAUUAUCUAGACACUGGGAAGGGUACAAAGAUAUAUAAAAUAGUCCCUGCCCUCAAAGAAUUUAUAAAAGAUACUGUAAUAAAAGUUUCAUUUCAUUUUUGAGAGCUCACCAAAAAAGUCUGCCAGUACUAUCUUGCAUCAUUUCCCAAACUUUGUACUCAUGCAGUUUGUCAAUUAUUCAGCCAUUGAAAAUGUUGGUUUGCUGUGGAACACAUAAUACUGCUUUGAGUAUUUUGAGGAGAAUCUUCCUUAAGAGCCUGUUUUAAAAUCAGUAUGAAGGCAAAGCCAUUCCUACACCACCCAUUGUGUUCACAUAGGUGCACACGUGUAUAAGAAGGUGUAGAUUGUCAUCAAUGACUAUCAUUUACUGAGUACUUACAAUGUGCCAGAGUACUAAGUGCUUCUGUAAGUUGUUUCACUUAACUCUCACGUAAUCCUGAGGGUAAGUAUGAUUAUUUCUCCUUCAUAGAUGAGGAAAUCCAGAGGAGUCAAAUGGGUUGCCCAUAUCACAGCUAAUACAUAAGAGCAUCAGGAUCUGAAACCAGAUCCAGAUACUAUGAAGUACUGUCCUUUUCUGUUGCAGCUGCUUGUUCACAAAGUGAUUUGCUCUGCUUCUGUAGACUCUCUGAAGUGAUAAAUUAUAAAUGAAAUCCCUGAUGCAAUAAAAUCAUCAGUAUUCAUUGUCUCCAAAUUGACUGAGAGCAGUGUCAUCACCUGGCAUGUUUGUUAGUACAACAUUGUUUAGGCCUCAUUAUUUUAAUUACUUUGAGAUGGAACAUUCGGCACUUUGUUUCCCCCCGGCCAUGCUUAGCAAAAGUUUGCGUCACUUUUUAAAGGACACUUAACUUUGUCAUGGAGAUGAGUUUGUGUACGAGUAAUUAUAUUUUAAAAAGUGAUUGUCAUUUGUUUUUAUGAAUCAGAUGCGGAAAGGGAAGGUUCUAGGCAGAGGGAAUAUCUCUCUUAAGCCCAAAAGCCAACAUUGCUAUCCACCAGAUACUGAAUAUUGAUUGCCAGUUUGCCAGGGAGUUUGAUCUUCCCUGCAAAUUUGGUGCCAGCAAAUUAACAAUAUUUAAUAUGGGAAUUUGUUGUUAAUUUUUUUUUUAAUCUAUCGAGAUUGUUUUUGGGGCACCUGCCGGACUCAGUUGGUAGAGCAUGUGACUCGAUCCUCAGGGUCAUGAGUUCAAGCCCCACAUUGGGCGUGGAGCCUACUAAAGAAAGAAAGAAAGAAAAAGAAAGAGAUUGUUUUUAACAAAGUUUUUAAGGAAAAAUACUAUCCUUAUGAUUCUCAGAAUUAGAGAUUGACCAGAACCCAUUCAGAUUUUCUCUAGUUUGACUAUCUCCACAGUUCAAUAUAUUAGAAACAUAUAUUAGAAACAAACACUUCUGAUUUUAAUCAGGCUUCUUGUGACUCGUUUUCUUUAUAGGAAAGAAGUAUUUUGGUCUGUAUUUCUCUGGCCAAAAUAUAGCUGUAAUACUUAAUAUCUAUAAAUAAAAACUCUACUAUGUGAUAAAGGAAAUAAAUUUCCAAGCCUAGAGGAGAAGUCAAGGGAAGUGUAUGAUCAUGUAUUGCAGUAAGCUGGUUUUUAAAAGGUUCCUUUAUGAAAAAAAGUAUUAUAAAUACUAAAAGAAUUAAGUUCUCUAUCAAUUAGUUUAAUAGAUUUUUUUCUCAAAUAGAAUUCCUUUAUAUCAGAUCUUGGCAUAUUACCAUAUACAGGUACAGAGAGAGAGUUGCUUAUUAGGAAACACACCAUUGGCAAAGGCAGCCUCAGUUGUGUUUUCUUAUUCAACACUGCUUCUCCCCACUUGGAUCUGGCUGAGAUGAAAUGAAUUGUAUAGCUUUUCAUAAGGCAAAGUGAUGAAGAUAGGAUGAUUUUAAGAGAUCCUUCCAUUGAAUAUAACUGGGACACAGAAAUACACUGCAUAUAUCAUCCUUUAGUGGUUGGUGUAUUUCUAAUGAUAUAAAAACAGAAAAGGGGAUGAUAUUGGCAAACUGCCAACAACUCUGAUUUCACUUCUAAUUAGAGAAAAGAAGGAUAAUCAGAAUUUCUCAUGCUUCAUCCUAUCUGUAAAUUGAUCAUUUGGGCCUGCCAAAGCUGAAGGGAACACCUGAUUUGGUAUUAAAGAUCGCUUUUUUUUUUUAAUUAUUUUUUAAAGACAGCAUUUUAAUACAUUUAAAUUGAGUUGUUAUAUAAACCAUGACUUUGUUUAAUUACACUCAGUAUUAAGUCAGAGUACUAAUUUGAUCAGAAUAUUAAUUAGGUCAGAAUAUUAGUGUAAACCAUCAUCUUUGCUGAAUUAUAAUCAUAGAGGAUGACCUGGAAAGGACCCAGGAGAUCCUCUAGCCCAGUGCUCUUCAGUGCUAUGAAGAAUAGGAGUCACCAUGUCUUGCAGGUAGGGAGCAAGGAGGGCAAGAAGGUAGAGAUUACAAAGGGAAUCUUCAGACACUGAUUCUCCAGGAACUCUUAUGUUCCCUAUGCCCCUACCUUCCUACUUUGAAACUCAACCGACUGAAUGAGCUACUACCUUUAUGAUACAUCCUUUACGUGGAAGCGGAAAAUAAGAUUGGAAACAUCUACUCUAACCCACCCCUCUUUUAUAGAAGAGAGAAUAGCCCUAGAUAUAUUAAUGAGUGCCCAGGUGAACACACCUUGUUAGAGUCAGAACUAGAACCCAGGCACCCUGACUUUUAGUCCACAGAUAAGAGUGGAGGAUGGUAAAACAAUCCUACAUUUCCACUGAGUUAGAAAGGGUAUCCUUUUCUUGUUUUCAAAAUUGUAAUAGUUUUUAAGCCCUCAGUCAAGUUUGUACUAGGAGUAGAUUCAGGCUGCCAGUUUCCAAGUAGGCUAUUUUUGCAUGUGAAUUUUCACUUUUCAUAUUAUACUGUUACAUUUAGCAACUUCUCUUUCUGGAAUUGAUGAAAUAAUCUCUAAAUGUAACUGUUCACUUUUUUAAACGAACAUCUCUCAGCUUACCCCAUUCAUAUUUAGUUUUCAUUUACAGAGGGAAAACUAGUUUUCAAGUAUAUGAAUUCCAGUUAUAUAUUAUGAACUGAAAAGUAACUUUUUGUUUAGUGUGGUAUUCAUUUGUAUAUCCAGCUACAUAGUACUUACAUUACCAGUUUUGAAUGCAGUCUAUAAUACCAUUUUAUACUCUGUGGAAAGAUUAAAAUAUCAUUUGAAGGUUUGGGACCUAUCUUCAAAAGAUCAAACUUCUAUCAACAUAAUUAGGAUGUUUCUGAAGUGAAUUUAGUUAUAGGGAGGAAAAAGAAAAUGGGAAUUAAUGGAAGACCUAUAGCAGGAAGAUGUUGAAAUACAAAGUAUUUGUAAAUUCUCCUAUUAUCCUGCUUGGUCUUCUAAAGAGGAAUUCAAGCAUAAAUAUAAAAAAUUUUCACAAAUUUUUAUUUUACAAAUUAUAUUUACCAGAUUAUAGCUGAAGAAAAAGGUGAAAUUCUAGGAUUUUUUUUUAAAGUACAGUGGAAUUGUCUUUUGAAUGCAAUGUUGAAUUUUGCUAGACUUCUGAUGUUCUUCUUUGUAUUACACUGGAAUUAGAGAGUAUUUUUACCAUAGUACAUUCAUUUCAGAGAGCUUUGAAAAUACUUUGGCACAAUUUAUUUAUUUGUGGUAAGUAGAAUUAGGAAGACAUCAGCAAUAUAGAAUCCUAACAGUAAUUGUGCAUACUGUAUUUAAGUGAUUUUUAUACCUGUUUACUUUCUGUAAUUUUUACAUUUUAUAAAUCAAAUACCUUAGUAUACUUCCACUAGAAAUUAAUUUAUAAUUGAUUAUUUAUACUGGAUGAAGUAGCAGGUCCAUUUUAGUAUUAAUCCACUCAGAUUAACUUUAUCUAACUGAAUUUUUAUAUCUACAAUUCAUUAUAUUACAACUUUUUAAAUAGCAUUUAUAACAGAAGAACUUUUGUUUUAUAAAGUAUUUGUUACAAAAAAAAAACCCAUCUUGCCAAAAACCAUUACAAUUUCUAUGCAUUGUGUAAUAUUCAGUGACAUCGCUGUUGAGAUUUGCAUGUUGUUCUAGGUGCUUUUUCAUGUCUGUGUUUGUGGUGUUUAUAUGGAAUUGUUAACCAUCGCUGCUAUCACUUAUUGUAGUUAAACUGAAAAACUGUGCUAAGAGCUGUGCCAGUCAACAUUUGUUAUGUGUGACUUGUGAAAAUAUGUACUUAGUUGUUUAAUAUUUUGAGCCAGCACUUAGUGGCCUCUACAGAAGGAAAUAUUGUGGUUGUCGAGUGGUGCCAACUUCAGAAUCUCGUUUCACAUGUGUAAUUCCAGGUCAGAUUUUCUUCCAUACUUUCCCCAACUCUUUGAAAGGAAAGUUUGCAAAAAGAAAAAGCAAGAAUUCUUAACUUUUUCCAGUACUCCCCCCACUUUAGAUCUUUUUUUGUUCUUCCGAUACUUGAACACGUUACAAAGAAAUCCAAUAGAAUGACAGUGUAGCAGCAUAAUUACCUUUAUCUGGUUAUUUUUAUCCAGGUAAAUGAUAACAGGACUAUGAGGUGCCUACAUUAUUUUUGUUGGUUAUCAUGGCUUAUUGUUGGAAAUGCAUUUGAUAAGAAUAUUUAGUUUUUAAAAUUUAUUUAUUAGGGACUGUGGAAACCUCAGAGUUCCCAAGUAUUAACUUUUAUAUUCAGCAUUUACAUGGGCUUAUUUAACAUAUUUAUUUAUUUGACUUAUGAUCAUCAGAAUUUUUUCAUGCCCACCUGUCUUUAGUUUGGUUCCUAGCAUUUCCAUCUUGCCUGAGCAAUUACAAACACACUCUGAAAGUAGAGAGAAAAUUAUUUCAGUGAAUUAAUUCUAUAUUUUGUUAAAAUUCCACAUGGGGGAAAUAUUAUAUGUUUAUACUCUUAAAAUGGAAGUGAAACUGUCAUAAAAUGCUAAGAAAAGAAGGCUACUUCCUUAAGAGCAUUUUAAUACCAACACACCAAAAUUCCUUGCUUAGUGCAGGGUUUCAUUCUAUCUGUUCAAUGGGUUUCUAAUUAUGAGAUUUCUUUAAAGGGAUAAUCUCCUGAAUUAUAUAGAGGCUUUUUGUGUGACUGCAGAUAUAUGGUGACAGCCAGUGCUGUAUUUGGAAACAUUGCUGCUGAAAUUGCUGAUUUAAUUCUAAGAAUAUUAAAACUAAUUCAUCAAGGCUCCUGCCACUUCUUUGCUUAAAGGAAAAGAAAGGCAGAUUUUAAUUGUGAGACUUUCUCCAGAAUAUACUUUAAAUAUUUACCCCUCAAUGGAGGUGAUAAAGCAAUAAAAGGAAAUUCAAUUAUGUAUGUUUUAAAGAAGUUCUGCCCUUGUCCAGUAGCCUCCAGAGCAACACUAAAGUAUUUCUUGAUUCCUGCACUGGGGGUUUUCAGGCAAGGCCUUUAUACUUAGAAUUUUUUUAAUAUUUUGGACACCAAAGAUUAUGGCAUGAUAUAUCCUGAUGAUUAAUGGUUUCUAUUAGAUAGCUGUGGGCACGUUUAUUUGAAUCCUGCUCUUGGAAUUUUUGUUACCCACUCUGGGUCUUCUGUACAUUUUGUAUGUCUGUCCUGAGGCACUUAUGCCCAGGGCAACUUUUUAAUUAAAUCAUGCAUAUAUAUUUAUUAGGUUUCUAAUUUAUAGAAUAUGUUUCCAUCAUGACUUUAAGCUUUUUUCACUGCUAAAAUUACACAUAGAUUUGCCAGAUUAGCCCCAUUGUGAGCAAUAGCUUGUACCUUUUUCGUUGUAAUCUGGAAAUGUAACUGUAACCCCAUAGGCCUGAGACCUGGCAAGAGAAUGACUGGAAGCAUUUUGGAUUCAACAGAAUUACUUAAAUGACUCAUUUAUCUGUUAAAGUGAAGAACUUUGUUUAGUAGAGUGAAUGCUAUGUUCAACUUAAAUAAGGUCUUCCAUCUUACGAAUUAUUUUAAGAUUUUAAAGAUUAUUUUAAGAGUAAUUUUAAGAUUUCUUUUACUUUACCACUUAGAAGUUAAUUGGGAUUUAAAAGGUAGAUUUGUCAGUUUAUUCAGUAUAAUUUAACACCAGGCAUUUUUGUAAAAUAAAUAUAACCACCACAAUUAAUACUUAGAAAAAUUUUAUGAAAAAUGAUACUGUUCUUUGGAGAUGCAUUUACUCCCCCCGCCUUUUGGUAGAUUGUAAUUUUUUUAUAUAUUUUCUGGCCACUUGGCUUUUAACUGAUUUAUGUGAAAAAAGCAUAUGUGUGCCUGAUGUUGACUCUAAUCCUAUUUUAAAAUUCUCUUUUUAAACUGCUGCAAUUAAAAUUUGUGAAAGAGAGAAAGGUGAAUUGAAAUGGAGGGAAAUUUCUGUUAAUAUGUUAAGAUGUGUGACUGUGGUGGUGCUCUUGGUUAAUUAAUCCUUUGCCAGUUGAUAUUUGUAUUAAUAUGAUAGAACUUUUUUGUUAAUAAGAAUAUCCUAUUGGCUUCAUUUUUAUUUUGCUGCUCACUGCUUUUCAUACUAAGGUGUUUUCAUCUUUUUCAGCUCACUGUUUUUGCUUCAUAUUUGUCUGUGUACUUGUGCUCUAAAUAAAAUUCUAGUUUUAUGUCCCAGUG